AUGCAGAGGUUCAGCAACAUCACAGGUCAGGCUCGUCAUGGCUUGGAGAAGAUGACCCCGGCCGGCCUCAUGUCGAGGCCGAAUCCCAUGGACCUUCCCAUCGCCCAGCCCAUCAAACGUCCAAUGAAUGGCACCCCCAUAUCACCUCUGACCCCUGCUGAUACCAUCGUCAACCUGUCCUUCAACGUCCCUUUCUCUUCCAACUUGAGCGGUCCCGACGUCGACGAAAUCCUCCACGCGAGUCCCAAAGCUCUGGAAAGAUGGACCUUCCCGGAAGGGACGGAGGAGGGAACGCCAAUACACAAGCUGCCAGUGCAUCAUUACAACGUAGAGCAGCUGAGAAGGUCUUGCCGAGUCCUAAACGAAGGAAGUCAAGGCCGACUCGAGGCUACAGUGACCUCUUCCGAGCCCAAGCCAAUACCUGCAUUGCAACGAAGACCUCUGAAGGGUCUGGUGACCAAUGUCUGUAUCUCUGGCGAGAAUGAGACUGUGCACAAGAUGCGAGCCAAAAUAUUGAACGAUACGCCCAUCGCAUUGAGAUGUGCUAUAGUCGACAUCGAUACCAACCUUGUCAUCACUCAGGACAUGACCGGCGUCAGAGCCGAAGUUCUCCAACACCUCGACGGUGUUGCCACGUGGACUGGUACUGAUAUUUUCUUGCUCAAUCCGAAGCACAGUGAUCCAGAAGGUCCCGCUUCAAGCUAUGGCAAUGGGAGUGACCAACGUUUUGACCAAAGACUCCGCAUCGCAAUCUACGGCGAUCCAGAGAGCUCGGAGCAUGCAAAGACGAGAGUGCUCAUCAUGAUCGACAGAGUGCUGCACCGGACUUAUGGAUCGUUGCAGCUCGAGCUGUCCCUACAUACAAUUAUAUGUGGUCGAACUCGCAAAAAUAUCCGCCUUAUCGAAGCUGCCACCAAUACCGCUAUCUAUUUCCCACCUCCGUUCCCCCGCAUCUAUGGGUACACGCCGCAGGGAGCGUACCGAAGAGGCGAUGAUGAAGUGUUCAUUACUGGCGAAAAUCAAGAGUGCAUAAACCAUGCAAAGAAAAAACUUCACGAGCUGGUUCUGAACACUAAAUGCUACGUCAAGGAUGUGAUGGUCUCGGCGCACAAAAUUGACAGUAUAAUCCUCGACCGACUCGAUAAAGUCCGCAAGGUCAUGGAGACGAACGGAUCUUAUGUACUGUUCCCGCAGCUCGGUAGUCAGCGUGGUUUGAUUCGGGUCCAAGGCACGGAGAUCCUGCACGUGGAGCGCACUGUGCGUGAAAUCAUGGCAUUGGCUGGCCAGUUUUAUAGUGCAUCCUGGUGGCUGAUGCUGCAUGACUCUGCACAGUCCAUGAGGGCUCCAUCGCCAGCUGACAUACGGGUAAUGCUCUCGGAUAUCUGUACUAAUUCUGGGUCCGAUGUCUGCUUCGAGAAGCUCACAUUCAACAUCAACGGAUCGGACGACUCGGUCAAGGCGGCCAUGAUGGUCAUUCAUGAGAUACCAUUUGUCAAGCGGGCUCAGUACCAAAUUCGCGUCAAGAUUGAACUCGCCAACGAGCACAAGGAGUUCGUCAGUGGCAAGAAGAACGGCAAGAUCAACAAGAUAAUGGGACAAAGCAACGUCCAGAUCAUCUUUGAUGGCUUCAACGAAUACAACUUCUAUAUUGACGUCUGUGGAGCACAAUACGACGCCACCAAGAACGGGCUCGACCUCGUUGAGCAAGAGAUGCCUGCUUCGAUCUCCUUCCACGUACCUGAUCAGUACCACAAGCGUAUCAUCGGAAUAGGUGGCCAGCACAUUCAACGCAUCAUGAAGAAGUACUCCGUCUUUGUCAAAUUCUCCAAUGCCAUGGACCGGGGUGGCAUUGGCAAAGAGGACGACGAUAUCAAGAUUGACAAUGUUAUUUGCCGCACGCCUGCACGCAAUGCUCAGAGCUUGGAUUUAGUCAAGCAGGAGAUCAUGGACAUGGUUGAGAAAGUGGACGCGGAGUUCGUCUCCGAGACCGUCGUGAUCAAUCGCUUGUACCAUAGAGAACUUAUCGCUCGCAUGCAUAAGAUCGACGAGCUCGAGAAAAAGUGGAAUUGCAAAAUCGAUUUUCCCAGCACCGAAAUGGCGAGUGACGUAGUCACCAUAUCUGGCCCCGAGUAUCAAGUGCCUCAAGCCGUUGAUGAAUUUCUGGGUAUGGUCCCUGAGAGCCAUGAGAUCAUUGUUCCUGCAUCUCCUCGGCUUCGAGAAUUCUUCAAGUCUACUGAGUUUCAAACCGAAGUACGACAAACACUGAAGACUCAGUACGAAGUCAUUCUGAGUAUUGGCAACGAUUCGAAGCCAGUAGACGACACCGAGGCCAGCGAAGCGCGACUUCUGCUUGAAUACACCCGCAAUAACGCCGGCGGUCUGAAAGAUGCCAUUGACUUUCUGGUUUCUCGGCUCAUACCCUACGGCUUGGACGCAACAACUGUCAAAGGCGCAAUACCCAGGCCGAAAUCUGACUCCUUCGAAGACUCUCUGCCUUUCUUCGACUCCAAGCUGCUGCAAAAUGCUCCUGCACCCCUCGGGACCGACUCUCCCACCCGCUCUACUUUCGCCGAUGAUGCUAGUGAGCGCGGUUCCCUCUUUGGGAAAAUCCGUAAGCCGGGCAGCAUUUCCUCCAUCUCCUCCUUUUUGGAUCGCCGCAAGAAUCAAUCCAGCUCUCCCGGCUCUCUCUUCAAACACGCCUCUUCCAAUGCCUCCCGCGCAUCUCUCGUCUCGAUGGAAUCACGCGACAGUGGCUACCGCAACCCCUGGAAUGAUAGCGGUGUCAAUCUUCCAGAAGAAGAAGGCCACAACGGCUGGCCUCUCCGCUUCGAGAACAAAUCCGAACAGAAACUCCCAUUCAGCGCCGUACCCGGUGAUAUGACACCCCGACACGACAAACACGCCUCUUUCGACAGCGGACGUCCAGGCACCUCUCAUUCUACAAAUGGAUACUCGGCCCCUAUUGGGCCACCUCGUUAA